CAGGUGCUAUUCACGAUGCAGUUGACUACCGUUAUCGUUGCAUUUCGAUUUCAUCCGUUGUUCCUACUUCACGGAAUGAUCAACUGGAAAUUCACAAUUUCAAUAUGUCCUCUUUUCUGGGCAGCAUCAUGGGCCAACCUGCCGCCGAAAGUGAUGGAACUGAAGGACUCCCUCAUGCACGAAAUGCAAACGCUUCAGCAUGUGAUUCCCGGCAAUCACCCGGUAGAUCACCGAACCGACCACCAGGUGCAAGACGUCAUGGAUGAGUUCUUGGCGCUGAACCAGAACAGCAUCGAAGCGAUAUUGAGGGUGCUGAUGCUAAUCGAUCACGACUUGACAAAUGCCAUUCAUGAUUGCGAAAGAGUUGCUGAUCUGCGUUCGCUGGACAGCACCAAUAUGAUUUUCGAAUGGGUCGCCAAACCGUUGCUCCUGAGGGUGCGUGAACUGUGUGGGCUAAUUUCGUCGAAUGCAGUUGAACAGGUGGAAGAGAGCUUGGAAGCGGUGCAACUCGAGGCUUCCGUCUACAGACGCAAGCUCGAUGACACCUUGAAGGGUAUCGCGAUUGUGUCUGUUGGAUUGAAAAGUGAUGUCUUCGAGGAACGUUCAAAACAGAUCAGCGGAAGUAUUUUGGGGCAGUUGAAACGUGUGAACGAAACUGUUACGGCGGAGUUGGAUGGGACCUUCACAAAGUAUUUCACAAAGUGGGCGGAGUUGUAUAGAAAGUUGACGGAAAUGAUCCCCGAAAGAGUUGUCAUGGCUUUGGAUGAGUACCCAACCGUUGCGAUGGUGUACGAUUUCUUCGAUUUUCUUGACAAUGAAACGACAGUGUUGCAUGGUGAAAUGCACGAGCUGAUGGAUUAUUGGGUGGAACUGGUAAAAGAAGCUGCAGAAGGAGUCACAAACUCGACGGUGGAAACGGAUGGUUUUCUGCGAGAGUAUCCUUUAGAACUAUUCUUAAACAGAAAGGCUCGUUUCGAUUGUGUAGCAAGGUACUUCCAUGGGUUCAAUGAACGAGUUCUAUAUUCCGUGGAUAGAUACUAUGGAUGCGUGGAUUUUGCUGCAGAAAUGAAUAAAGCUUUUCGUCGUGUCGACACAGUUUUGGAUUCGGUAGACAAAGCUAUCGAAUUCAUCACGGAAACGUACAUAAAUUGUGCAACUUUUGCUGAAAAGUUUGAGGAUAACGUACCGGUUGAGGAGUGCUUAAUGGAAAUGCAUGACCUGCUAAAUCAAACGAAAAUAAUUAUUGAGGAUCAAUCAAUUGACAUUUAUAAUUAUGUGAUAGAUGGGAUGUCGCUGAACCAAGUCGCUAUUGGAGCAUGCUUGUAUGCACAGGUGGUCGAAGUGAUGCUACGUAAUGAGGGACAUUUGGAUGGUGUUGAGUCUUGUUCCGAUAUUAAUUAGAUUCUUAAGCUAUGCUGACAAGGAAGCAUCAGAAUAAAUAAUUUGAUCUAUCGGCUACACAAUUGUAUUUAGAA